AUGUUUCAAAGAGUCACCCAAUCCAUAGUAAAUCAAGUGGAUUCAGGAGACCUGGUCCCAGUCCGCAGCAUCUUAGACAAUCAACAUUUCAGACCACUCUGCUUAGUGACAGAACAAAGGAGAUUCGUGUUCUUCGGAUCUCGCCGCUACAUGCAGACAUUCUACAGAUUUGACGAAGUGCUGCUGCCUGCAGGAGACGAUAAAAGCACAGAGUCCCUCUUUCCGAAAGGAGGCCAUCAAGAUUCAAUGCAAUUUUCAGUCAAAAAGCAUGUCAGUGACAAUGUUGAUGGGAGUGCAAGCGCUUGCGUUGAGCCUGCAAGCGCAGAGGUGAAAGGAGCUGCCUCCUUGUCCAAAGAGUGGUCCGUCAAGCUGCAGCACAACCACAUAUCAGUACCAGAACUUGAGGCACUAAUACCAGAAAGAAAAAUAAAUAUGGAUCACCCCUUCAUUAAACAACUACAGAAAAAACCCCAACGUUUAUACAUAGUUCGUGAAACAAUAGAAACCUUAGAAGACACCAUCUACGAGGAAUCCACAGAGGGAGGGGGGAGCCUCAAGAUCCAGGCUUACGCCACGUUAUGUGCAAAGGGCACCAGAAAGAACAAACAAAGCAUAACUAUACCCAAGGGCUGCACCCUGGCAUUCAAGGUAAUCCCGCUGACCAUUACAGAUGGAUCAUGGUUUCUUGGCCACUUCACAUCUAGAGCAAUGUUCGAAUCUGAUGGUUUGUCAGAAGGAAGAUUAGGACAACUGAAGGUAGAAUUUAAAGCGAAUUGUCAAAUUCUCUCCAAGUUGUCUCCUGAUAUGUCCAUCAUACUUUUAAAAGCCAUCAAAGCUGUGAUGAGAGACAGGAACCUCUUUCAAGAACUGGCCCAGAAAAUGGAAGCAGUUCUUGAUGAAACUGAUAGCUGUGAGCUGAAGACAGAAAGCCCAGACUUAAAAGACCUGUUGAACACCUUACGGUAUUCAAAACAGCUUCUUCGUCAGAUGGCACGAGCAAUUGCCUACACUCUCGAUGUGUUAGAUGAGCUAAUGGAAGACCAGCUGCUGCUGUUGCUAGAGUCCUUGGAAGAGAAGAUCAUGCACCAACAGCUUAUGCUGGUUACGAGUAUCCUGGAACACGACAUAGAACAAAAGAAAGGGAAUUUCAGGGUGGAUGCCAGGUUGCUCUCCUUCUCACAAGAGAAGCAACAAGAAUUGACCAUCGCAAUGGUUGAAAUGAGUGGAGUGACAUUCCAGAAAGACGGAUCUUUUGUCUGUACGGAAAAUGCCUUCUCGGCCGUAGCAGCCCUGUGCGUGUCUCUGCAUAUUCUCAGUCUUCUGAGUAACUAG